CUUAUGUUCAGGCCAUUGGAGAUUUGUGAGGCCGUGUGACUUCGUAGUGUUUUUUGUAUUUCAGUAUUUUGCAUUUUUAUUGGUUUGCCGCUUUGAUUCAGUACAUUUUCAGAAUACUUAAAAAAAAAUCAUAUGCGCUCCUGUAAAGGAAGAUGUAAGUAUUUUUACUGAAUAUUACUAAAUAACAGUUGAAUGAUUCUGUUAAAGGACGAGGAAAUAUUUUGAUCUUUUGGCCGUGUGUGCAAAUACCUUGUCAUAAAGAUGAGGAAGAGUUGCGUCCGCAGUCAGUCCCUUGUUAUGGUAGAUGGGCGUAUAACAACCAUUACCAAGGCGCAACGCUUCUGCCAUUUUAUUUCAAGGGUAUUCUGCUUUAUAUUGUAUUUUGCCUUUCCUUGAAUCUGAUGUCACUGCUCUGUAUGUGCUUAAAAGACAGAGCAAGAAGCUGACCAUGUUUGAGGCUGUUAGAGAUGUAGCUAAAAUUUAUGCACGUUUACAGAUGAAGUCAACAUUGAAUCUGCAAUAUCAUCUAUUUGAAUGAAGUUGAUUCCCCAUAAGCGUGUAUUUAUUUUUGCUCUUUAUUUAGUGUCAUGUUUUAACCGAUAUCCCUUUUUCACCCUGUGUUGUUCCCCACUAUAGCUGAUGGUCGAAGUCCCAUUGCAGUCGCUAAAUAUAGCAAAGGGGCUGCUAACGAUAGCGCUAUUCAUGAGCAAAUCGUGGUGGAUGGUGGGUCGUUGGGUGAAGGUAAAAGUCUGACGGAAAGUGUCUCGGAGGCCUCAGAGGAAGGAAGUGAAAAUGAAAAUGUAGAUGCAACCAAUAAAAAGAAAUUAAUCACACAAGAGCCAGUAAAAGCCAAUAUAGCUAAACGGGGAAAGCAAGAAGCCACGGAAGGGACGGUAACUGAUGACCUUAAAAUAAGUAACAAAAAGAACUCUCAAAACUGCAAGAAAGAUACCAUGGUUUAUAAAUUUACGGACGUAGAAACAGAAACAAAAAUUGAAGACGACCAGGAAAAGACAGUGUCGAAAUCUGUCGACAUGACUGUCUACGAUGAAAUCAUGCAGUUGGAGGCAGAGGACAGCGAUGAGAGCGAGGAAAACAGCACUCUCAUCGUCCAAGGUUUCCUAGAGGGUACGUCGUCCUCGGAGGUGCCUCGUGGUGGAGGGCUGCGGGUGCUGGCCUCUUGCAGCAUCCAUCGUCAAGAGAACGUCAAGAGAACUGUUAUCACCGCUGAAACAGACGUCGGUGACGAUAACGUAGCUACCUCCUCCAUUGUCCAACUUAAACGGACAGUUGACAUUGAAAAUUACAAAGCCUUGGUAUCUGAUAGCGAGUCCGACUCUGAGCCCGAGCCGGGAACAUUCCAGCCUUUGGUAAAGCGAGAUUCCAGAUGUGCUUUGCUUUUGACGAAGACGCCGAGUGCGACCGCCGAGGAAGUGCCGCCGGCCGCGGGAGAACCCCUUGAGGCGCAGCGCGGCCGGGCGAGGCCGGAGACCGAAGUGAACUGGAACGUGAUUCCAGUGACGCGCAGCGAGCGGUGCCUGGUGGACCGUGAUGUGCCUCCGGUAGGUGAAGACACGGACGCGGUAUCUAAGGCUCUAGAGACCAAAGAGUCUGCAGACCAGGCUAAACCUGCGAAUACUGAGGCUGCAAAUGCUAGUAGUGUUUUGGAUGAAGGGAACCAGAAGCCUGGGGAGGCGGCGGUGCCCAGGGACUCGAAAGAAAAAAGAUCGAAACACGAGAGGCUAAGUACAGGCACCCUUGACGCCAAUGGAGGUAAAGAGACGAGGAAUGGAGAUCAGUAUAAUCUUCGGCUGUUUUCAUGUUCUAACAUGAGCCAACAAAGAUGCUUUCUUAAUCAAACAUUUUUAUUUUAUACGCACUUACGAUGAAACAACAUAUUAAUCUUGUAGAACGUUCAUUGUAGUCUAAAGCGUAAAAGUAAUGCAGAUUCUCUUCGUUUUUUUUAUUUCUCUGACCACGAAUUCUUGGAUAGGAAAAAACUAAGAGCUCUUACAUCUCAGAUUCGUCGAUAAUAUAGUGUCAUAAUUGUAACCCAAGCAUGUUUUCCCUCCACAAGAAAAAUGUGCGUAAUAUAUUCGUAAUAAACAUAUUUGUCACCCAAUGCAUUUUUCCCAUAUUUGCAUUAUGUAUAAGUAGUUUAAGCUUCUUGCAUAAAUCUCUUUAACAAAAGUCUGCUAAUAAGUUUAACAGGAAACUUGUAUUAUCUAUUUUUUUUCUGUUAAAUGUAUUAUACACAUCUGUAUAUACUUAUCGAACCAUAACUUGAGCGUAGAAACUCCUAAGCAUAAUCUAUGAUAACAGCUACAGACAUGUAUUAAGUGUAAACAGUUUUUAAUUAUUACAUCUAAAUAUAACUUCCCCACUAAUAAUUGCAGUGAGUCCUUUUAACUAAAAAUAUGAAUAUCAUA